CCCAACCUCACGAAUUUCACGCAGCAAAAGUAUUCGGGCUGGAACAAAGGCUGGAACACAUCCUAAGCUAAACAUUCUCUCCUACUCUCUCCCCGAGUAUCCCCUCUCGCGACAGGAGGCAUUCUGACAGUCGUUGGUCGCAGUUGAGAUUCCGAGCGGAGCUUCCAGAGCUACCCACCACGCGCACGCUAUCGCGAGACCCACGUUUCUGCAUACCGCACCCGACUACAUUCCCAGGAUCGAGACAACUUCCUCGCUCGUUCCUCAUUCUUUGCAGAGACACCACGCAGGCUCUGACUGCGUCCCACCGCACGCGCGCUCCGGCCCCCUGGGGCGGCAGGAGAUCGGAUCGCAUUCCAGAGCAGACGACACAGAAGGAGAAUUAGCACAACAUGGCGAACAUGCGGUUCGCAGUUAGCAUGCAACGGCUCAUACCGUUCCUGGGCUACCACCACGUGCUUAUGAUCUUGAUAGCCAUCGCUGUAAUUCUACUAUCAUUACUACUGGCAGGAUGCUCCUCCACAUCACCCUUAAUACCAGGCAUCUUUCUCGUCUCCAUGUGGUACGAAAAGUACACACCCACCUACUCCACUGAACAAGUUGACCCCGGUGUCACCGCAGCCAUCGCAAACAUUGUCGGCAACGCUCAGCUCGUCGUGCGCGUCGGCUACUUUGGUAUUUGCAUCAACAAAGACGGCGGCGACUACAUCUGCUCCAACAACGCUACGGCGCUAGUGCAAGGCGUGUCGGUGGACCAGGACCCGCUGAACCUUGUCUGGGUCGCGUCGACGUUCAAAGACGCCGUCGUCUUCCCCUACCUGCUCAUCGUCGCCAUCAUUCUUGCGUUCUUCUGCUUUGUCCUGCUCGCAACAUUCCCAGGCUGGCACGAGGAGCGCGACCGGGAGACUGGAUCCGAGGUCGACAUCAAGCCUUUCCCGUCAAGACCGGUAUCCCAAGUCGCCCUCGCCCUCAUCUUCAUCGCAUCCAUAUUCGUACUCGUUUCCGUCCUAUGGCAGCACACUGCGUCCGUCGCAGCGGCAACAAUAGCGCAAGAUCUAGGAAAUGGCAGUGUGAAGGCAGGCGUCGGAACAAGCGCCAUGGUGCUCGGUUGGUUCGGCUUCGUCUUGCUGAUCAUCGUAACCAUCGGGCUGCUGGUCAUGAUACUGAGCAUCGCUGUGCUGGACCGCCUGACCGACGACUAAGCGCCUGCAUUCACAUGUGCGCAUUCACUUCCUGGAGGAUAAUACGAUACGGUACGAAAUGAGAGUUGCUGAAAGCAUUGUGGAUAUUUGGCGCGCAGCAAUUUUGCCGACGACGCUUCGAUUCAGACGAGUUACAUACCCUUUCGCGAUGCGGCAGCAGCAUGCUGCUCAGAUGGCAUUUUUGGCAUAUUCGGCGUUGGUGAACCUUUGGCAUGGAGAGCAAUUGAUGGACGAGACGAGUAUCGAAGUGGGAGCGCCCAAAUGGACUGUAUUUAUGUAGAAUGAAUGAAUGAAGACUGAAAAAGUCGAAUCC